UGAAUGAAUGGUCGGAAGCGAUGAGUGACUCAAAUGCCAGACAAUUGUCGGCUCUCAAGGUUAGGAUCAAGCGAUGGGAGAAGGAGUUCGUCGACAGCUCCGGACGGAAGCCAUCCAAACAGGACAUCGACGCCGACCCACACGUGAAGAACGACUACAGGAUGUACUGGAAGUGUAUGAAGAAGUCCAACGCGAGUGAGAUCUGGAGCCGAAGUCUGAAUAAGCCGUCGGCCACCGCCGCCGGUCGCCAAUCCAUUGGCGCUCAAAACACUGUCUUGGAUUCGCUGUCGAAGAAGAUGUUUGACAAAUACAUGAAAGACACCACUCCUGGAGACCAACCGAAAGGCCACUCGUUUUCAUUCAAGAAGAGACUUCUGAAACAAAGACAACAAUCCAUCGAUAAUCACAAGACCGACGGACAGCCGGCCCUUCAAUCGGCCGCUGAGACCAACACUUCGGCGCCAAAUGAACCGAAACUGAAUUCAGUGCUCAUGAGAGCCAAAAGUAUCGACGAAUCCAUCUUAAGAUCACUUUCUAAUGAAUUCAAUACUGAGCCGAACCGACAGUCGAGAGACGAGUCCAACGCCUUCUGCCAGCCAUUAGUCGACAAUAACUUAAUUAAUAAUAUUAUUAAUAGCAUUGAAAUCGACGGCAAUUACGACAGCAAUCAUUGUUUUGACAAAUCGGCCAAAAGUGGACAAACUCUGGGCUCAAGUGUUGACCCGCCGUCUGAAUCCCAAUCCAGCGAUUCUUUACAUUUAAAUGACAUUCAAAUCGUUGCGAGAAAUCCGCGAAUCAAACGAAAGUCAGAUGUGUUUGACUUCGAGGACGAGAGUAACGACAAGUCACCGGAGAUCCCAACAAAGAGACGCAUUUACGCCGAUUUGGAUUCGGAGGGCGAACGCGUCGACCGAUCGUCCUCUUCAGUGGAUCCGAUCGAAGACAAUCACGAAUCGAGCGCUGAAUCAAAGAAGAAGAAGAAGUUUUUUACUUCUAAUGAUAGGGAUAAUAGAUUAAAGACUUCAAAUGCAUACAAACACAUCAUUCCUACAGUCGACGAUCCGUUCCAGAAGAAUGAGACCCACAUGAAGAUGACAGCCGUCAAGAAGCGCACCGUUAAGACCAGUGAUGGGAAUGAAUGCAAUGGCGAGAAGAGUGACCAGAAGUCGGCGAAGGAGUCGUCCGCGAGUGAGAAACCGAAGAAAAGGAGAGCUAAAAAACCUGAAACCAAUUAUAAGAGACUUAAUAUUAAAAAGAAACAAACCAUUCCGACUGAGCCGUUGAUUACAAGCGAUACACGCGAAGAGAUUACGGCUUUAAUGAGCGAAGCGCUGAUACUUAUGGGACACAAAGAGUUCCGAUCGAACCAAGAGUUGACUGUCAAUCGUAUAUUGAGUGGGAAGUCAUGUCUAUUGAUUGCAUCGACGGGUUCGGGCAAAUCCCUGUGCUAUCAAUUGCCAGCGUAUCUCAAUUGGAAGCACAAGAAGUCAAUUACUUUAGUCAUAUCGCCGCUGAUCUCCUUAAUGGAGGAUCAGUUGCUAUCAGUUCCUAAAUGUUUGAAAGCCGUCUGCAUUCACAGCGGAAUGAGUCCAACGCAACGGCAGACGGCGUUUGACUCUUUACUGACCGGUGAAUCCCAAGUGCUUCUCCUCUCUCCGGAGGCCAUAACGGGUGGCAAUACUUGUGUUAAUUUGAAUUCAUUGCCACCGAUUGGCUUCGUGUGCAUCGAUGAGGCGCACUGUCUGUCCGAGUGGUCCAACAAUUUCCGUCCCUCUUAUCUGCAAUUAUAUCGUGUUUUAAGAGAUAAACUCAAAAUACGGACAUUUCUGGCGCUGACUGCGACCGCCACUAAGAAGACUGCGCUUACGAUCGCACGGAUUCUGGGACUCGACCCCCAAAACGACAUCAUUGGCACCACUUUAGUGCCCGAGAAUCUGGUUCUCACGGUUUCCAAAGACUCCAAUAAAGAGUUGGCUUUAAUUGAUUUACUCAAAAGUAAUCGAUUUAAUGGUUUGAAAUCCAUUAUCAUUUACUGCACUCGAAGGGAACAGACAGAGAGAUUGGCGUCACUUAUAAGGGUUAGCUUUCAAGAGAUCCGACAAACAAAUAAGAAAACGGGCAAAAGUGUGAUCGUAUGGGACGCACAGGCAUAUCACGCCGGGAUGACCGCCGAAGAGCGCAAUCGGGUCCAGAAACGGUUUAUAAGAGGCGAUCUGCGGGUGAUAGUGGCCACCAUUGCCUUCGGAAUGGGUAUCAAUAAGGCUGACAUUCGGGGUAUAAUUCAUUAUAAUUUGCCGAAGAGUUUCGAGAACUAUAUGCAAGAGAUCGGUCGCGCGGGAAGGGAUGGAUUCGAAGCUCACUGUCAUCUGUUCCUGGACUCCGAUGGAAGCGAUUUGUUUGAAUUACAGCGACAUAUAUAUGCGAACAGCACUGACAGGAAAUGUCUCCGCAAACUAAUCGAGAAGAUAUUCAAAGGGUGUAAGUGUCGGUCUAUUAUGGAGUUGGAAGCGGACGACGACUCGACCGCCAAAUUAGCGGACAAUGUCUGCACCGGACAUGAGAUCGCAUUUCCCAUUCAGUCGACUGUUUUGGAAAUGGAUUUGAAAGAAGAGACAAUUUCUACAUUAAUUACAUAUUUAGAGCUCGACUUUUGCAAAGAUAAGGUGAAACUCCUGUCGCCAAUCAACUCGAUGUGUACUAUCCUGUGUUACGGCGACGGAUCCGAUCAGAUGAAAGCGAUCGCCAAAGAGUGUCCAAUUGUGGGCAUCGCUCUAACGCUGUACCAGAAGAGCCAAUCGAGUCAAGAGAUUCCCAGUAAAUUGAAGUUUGAUUUGGUAGAGGUGUGUUCAAUGCUGGGCCGACCCAUCAGUGCGUUGAGGUCUGAGUUACGGCAACUCGAGUGGGAGAACGCGCCCAACGGUCGCAAAAAGCGGACAAAUGUUAGGAUUAUGUUCUCUGACCUAUCGUUUUAUCUGAGAUCUGUCGGCGACUUAACCGAAGAACAGCUCAACGAGUGCCUGGAAUUUCUCUAUGAUUUCACGCAAAUCCAAGAGUCGCUGGAAGUGUCGAAAUUACGACACGUUUACAUGACUUUCAAAAAGUACUCACAAACUCAUUGCACAAAUCGUAUCAAUCAAACUAAAAGUCUUGAACUCAAACAUACGUUAAACAAUUACUUUAACGACGAGUGCAAUGACUCCGAAAUUAACAAAUUGACUGACGAAACGUUUAGACAGCUCAUCAAUGGGACUCAUGUGCACGGCUUAGAACAGGCGCGAAGAAACGUGAGGGACCUGUUGGCCAUUCACGGCACUCAGACACUGACGUCCGCCCGAGUGAUCGCUCGCAUUCUGCAGGGAAUACCGAGUCCUCGCUUUCCGGCCGACGUUUGGGGCAAAUGCCGGCGCUUCUGGAGGGCUGACAUCACUGUCAACUUUAACGACCUCUUGAAGAUCGCCAACGAAGAGCUGAUGCUCUCCAAAACCAAU